AUGGGAACGGCAGAGGUCAUGUCAGAGGUCACGGCACGCAUGGACAGCAUGGAGGUCAAGGAUGAGUGGCAGGAUGAAGACUUCCCCAGGCCUCUACCAGAAGAUGGAGACAUGGAGGACAGGGGGCUCACUGACAACACGACAACUCCCCCUAACACCCUGAACGUUGGUGUUUGGGGUGAGUCGUCGGCCCUGCGUAAGCGCCGUACGCUGGUAGCUCCGGACAUGAACAUGUCAUUGGACCAGAGCGAGGGUUCCGUCUUGUCAGAUGACUUCUUAGGUAACCCUGACGACCUGGAUGUCAACGUGGACGACAUGGACACGCCCGACGACAACGACUCCUUGGAGUUUAUCACCAACGGCAACGAGCUGGAGUGGGAAGACGACACUCCUAUAGUGAGUUCCAAGGGUCUGCCUGGAGGCCAGACAGAGGAGGAGGAGGAGGCAGGCAGACUGUGGAGGACAGUGAUCAUAGGAGACCAGGAACAGAGGAUAGACAUGGCUGUCAUCAGACCAUACCUGAGGGUGGUCACACACGGAGGUUACUACGGUGAGGGUCUGAAUGCCAUCAUAGUGUUUGCGGCGUGUUACCUGCCAGAGAGCAGCUGUGAGGACUACACUUACAUCAUGGAGAACCUCUUCCUCUAUGUGAUCAGUAGCCUGGAGUUGUUAGUGGCUGAGGACUACAUGAUUAUCUAUCUGAACGGAGCUACGCCUCGCAGGAGGAUGCCUGGUAUCAGCUGGCUAAAGAGGUGCUACCACACCAUCAACAGGCGGUUGAAGAAGAAUCUGAAGUGGCUGGUCAUUGCUCACCCAUCCUGGUUCAUCCGUACAGUCCUGGCCAUCUCCAGACCCUUCAUCAGUGUGAAGUUCUUGGAUAAGAUCCGCUAUGUUCACACAUUGGAUGAGUUGAGCCAGCUGAUUCCUAUGGACCACAUACAGAUCCCAGAAUGUGUCCUGCAAUAUGAUGACCAGAAGAUGACAGCACAAAAAGAAAGGUAA